CAGUGUUUGUGGUUGCUUCUCGUAACCACGCGCGAAUGAUGCGCACGCUUUUUGCUGGCCGGUCCUCUCGCAAUCCUCACACACCCCUCUCGUCGAUGGACUUGUUUUGAAAGAACCACUUGUGGCCUCAUCCGUCAGAGACCAAGGAUGUUUUGUUUGCAUCACAGUCUACAGCAUGCGAAAGACAGAGAGCUUGGUUCGGAAGGAUGUUGCUGGUGAUGACAAUGCGACGAGCAUUCUGCGUGAAGAUUUCAUGUGAUACGGUAGGGUUAGGGGUUGUUUGAAGAUAGAGUUAUGGAUCAUCAGUCGUGGCUACUGGACCAACCAGCCGAAACCCAAUCAAAUCCAGACUUGUUCCAGACGUUUUGCAAAGCCCAAACCGACACGGAGGAGCGAGGAGAGCAUCCACCCACAAAACAUCCUUCAAAGCAAGGAAGAAGAAAAGAAAGAAGCGUAUUUUCGCCACCAUGGCGACCACUGCCGCUGCCAACACCACUACCAGGACCACCACCACCACCAGCACCACCACCAACGACGACACGGCCUCUUCGGUGAUCACCGUUGCUGGCGAUGACUCGGGCGCGGUUUUGCCUGAACUGGUUCCUCUUGGGACGCUGUUGGAUGCGCCCGACUCUUAUGCUGCCGUUGACAACAGCGGAUCCACCGGUGGCGUAAGGCUCCAGAAUGCUCGAGCAUUCGUCAACAACCUUGGAGUUGGUCAGGUGUCUCUCUGGAAUUCCGUUUGCAUGCCGCCUCGUCCAAGACAGGAGAUCCAAUGGCGUUCCACGGGAGGCACCUCGCCCCACACGGUUUUUGAGCCUCAGUGCCAUGUCCCUCCCAAUGCCAACUGUUUCGUCUUUAUGACGGAUGGAGAGAUCUAUAGCACGGCCCAGCUGGCUAGGCAUGCCACAGUCACUGCCCACCUCCCCAGCCUCCUGGUUCUAUUUCGCUCCAGUUCCGAGCGCGCCAUGGAACGAGUGUCGUCCUACAAUGUUUCCGUCGUAAUGGCCCACUACACAGCCGCCCAGACCGCGGCUGUUGUCGUGGUGAACCAACGGGAGGCCACGCACGCGAGACUUGUCGCCGUCAAGGGUGAUUGGGUGGGUGCCUUGCCAUCUCCUCCCGAUGUGAAUGACUCCUUGCUGCUCCGUUCUUGUCCUUUCGUGCCUGUGCAGCAGCUUCGGACGCUCCCCUCCAGGGUCUACCCUCGUUUGGUGGGCGGAACAUUGCCUCUCUCGGGCAAUCGGACGCUUCACCUGGAUGCCUUGUUGAAUUUGGCUGACGGCAGCGAAGUCUUGCAGCAGCUGAGCGAAGAGGAAAUGGAGGACAUUGCCCGUGCUUUCUUUACCCGAGGCAACUUGCCAGCUUGGCGGGCUCGUCUUAAUCAAUGGUUGGUGAGAAUCAAUCAAGAUGCCAUGACACAACUGCACCCACAAGCCCAAACGCAACAAUCUACAUCUGGCGUGCAUGCCUUGCUUCGUCGUCUCCAUUUGGCCGAAACGCCACAAGAACGCCAGGAAUUGUCCGUCCAAGUGCAAGCAGCUGUCCAGGAAGGAGCACAGUUGGCGCAAGAAGCAGCCGCCGAAGCGUCACGGGCAGCCCGCCUCCCUCGGGCCAUUAUCAACGCUGCGUUGGAGUCGCUGACCGUCCUGGAGCGUUCUGGAAUGAGUGCCACGAGUUUGGCUCGUUUGAGCAAUCGAGCAGCCAGAGCCAACACAAUCAACCGAGAUAACGUGGGUGCCUUGGCCACGCUCAACACAGAGGGAGCCCCACAGGAGGAAGAUUUGGUCUUGUACGAAACGGGUCCUGUGGCUCUUUGUUUGCGGGCCAUGGAGCAAGCUGACCACAACACUAGCGAUUCUGCUCUCGACCAAGGGUUGGUUGUGGGACAAUUCCAAGAGAAUGCCGUCUUUGAGCCGACUUUGGUGGCGUUGGGGAUGGCGGAUCAAAUUGAAACCAUGGACGCAUCGCCGUUGACGCGUCAGAGAAUGUCUGUGUGUCUCCCAAUGGUCUCUCUUCAAAACCAGGAGAACCAGCGCGUUGUCUACGAGCGACUCUGUCUGGUCUUUAUGAAUGAGCUGGCCAUGCCACAUGUUUGGUUGAUUGCGUUGUCCAGUAUUUUGCGCACCAUCGAGACGGAAGCUUGGGCCAACCCACAAACAACAGCCACCGGCAGGGUCUUGUUUUGGUUUGCCCAAGAGAUCAUGCGGCACGUGACCUUGCCAGCGGGAGCCAGGCUAUCUCCCAACAGACAGCAACCGAUCAAUGCGGCAUUUGCUUCUAUUCUGCAGGACGAAAUCUUAACCGUUCAUUCUUCAGUGGCAGAAGCUUCGGUGAUUUUGCGUCUCCUUCAUCGAUUUGGUGCUCCUGCUGCCUUCUCACAGGACGACUUGAGGCGGUCCAUGAUGGCUAGGAUCGCUGUGGCUGUCCCUCAAAUGCACCGGUUGUGGCUUCAGGCCAACGCGAACCAUCCAUGGGGAGACCAAGGACCCUCCUCCAUCAGCGCCCUCCUGAGGUCCAUCUACCACACAAGAAUCGACUCCCAGGGCGCACACGUCCCCGUUUCAGGAAGCGGUCACCUCGCGGAGCGCCUGAAUCUGCUUUUGGGCCCAGCCGCACUCUGUGCCGUUUCUAUGUUUGCCCGCAGCGUGGGGGCUUCUGUGAGUGAUUUCGUGAGCCCUGGACUCACGCUCGUUGUCGUGGCAACUUUGGACCACGUGACAAGCCCCCAUGUCAGCUCCACAGAAGCAGUUCGUCGAGCACAAAACGGGCACGCCGCGGCGAUUGCCGAAAUGACGCCAGCCACCGUUGGUGUCAUCACAGAAGACGAGGCAUUGGACCAGCUGAGACGCAGGUUGGCAUGGGCACGUACCCCCGUUCGCCCUCUCUCGCCUUUCACCACUCCAUUUGGACCUUCUGUGUUUUGGUUCUAUGCUCCGGACGGCACAGUCUUGAACAUGACGGAAGGUUUUAGGGCGAUUGAAGGCGACGUGGAACAAGAAUUUCGCUUGACUGAGCACGUCCGAGCAAGGCGUGGUACUCUUAUGGCCCGCUACUAUGGGACGGAUCAAUCUGGUGCCUUUGCGGCGCGAACCACAACACUGCCUUAUUACCGUGAGAUGGCGGACGAGUAUCUCGCCACUUCCCCUGACAUUGACCUCUCUCACCAGGAACAAGCCACUGCGUUCAUUAAUCGGGUCGUUCAGCGCAUUGUGGGCAGGACCGGUGUCUCUGCUGGAAACAGGCACGCCGAAAGCAUUGAAUGGACCGUGGCGAUUUUGCUGCCCUCCAUGUUGAGCUCGGUCUCGGCUUUGGCGCCUGGUGUGGAUGCUCGUCUGGAGCCCCGGCCCCUCUCGUUGCAGCGCCGUGUGGAGCUGGAACUUGGCGGGCGUUCGCCCAGUGCCCUGGGCGAUCCUCCUGCUCCUGUGUGGGUCCCACAUGACGAUCCGGACAUGAUGGACACGCUGGUUCGGGUUCAACAGGAACAGGAGCGUGCCAGAGUCAACGCCAUGCGCCGCAGAAUCGGUAACCCAACAGCCUCCGCCGACACCGUCCCAGAGGUGUCACAAGGGCUCUCUGAGAGGAAUUUGCCGAGAUUUUCGCGCGCCUUGACCUGGUACUUGCGGGUCGGUUCGGAAGACACCAUUCGCCCCGAUGGAUAUGUUCCUGUUCAGACGGUGUUGCAAGCCCUCUCAGAGAAUUUCAGCGGGGCGACCGUGGACCAAGUGCUUCAGCUAGUUGGCACUGACGUGAAGGCGCGUUACUCUGUGAUGGAGGAAAAUGGCGUUCUGAUGAUUCGGGCUAACCAGGGCCACACCAUCACAACAGUUGAUCCCGAGCGGCUGAUGACACUCAUCGAGAGCUCUGACGAUGUGCCGGUCUGCGUCCACGGGACCUACGAGGACGCCUUUCAGAACAUCCUCCGCACAGGAGGCCUGAAUCGAAUGGGUCGGCAAGCAAUUCAGAUGGCCGUCGGGUUGCCUGGUGAUCCGGAAGUGCGCAGUGGCAUCCGAGCCUCUGUGGAUGUCGUUAUCUACAUCGAUGUGGACCGAGCCGUGAGGCAAGGCCUCCGUUUCUAUCGCUCGGCAAACAAUGUCAUCUGCUGCCCUGGCCCCAUCCCUGUCUCUUGUUUUAUCAAGGCGGUGAGGUUGAGGGACGGCUCCCUCAUCCCAAACCUUGGUGACCAAUAA